UUAAGGGUGGAGUGGGCUGAAAGGGGAAGUUCACGUGCCAUACAUUUAAACUUAACGGAUCUAAAAACAGAACUCUGAUAUGAUUCAUGAUAAUAUUUCAACCCUUUUAGAAAGCGAAAGAACAACUGAGCAGAGGAAGUAUUUGUGUUCCUAGAAAAAAGGACAGGAGGACAGCUUGCAGGCUGAGGGAGAACUUGUUGCAGAACUGUUCAAGAAAAGUUGACAUCUCAUCAUCCCUGAGAACACUCUCCCACAGCUGUCCCCCUCAAUCUCACUGCCAAAUAUUCCUUCACAUGUCUGUAAUGGCCAACUCCACAGAACGUAGCGUAACCCCUACUGAAAGCAUAUCUGACACAUCACCCAUAUCUAUUCAGGGACCAUACUUUGAAGCCAUAGUGGGCGUUGUCAUUGCUGUGGUGGUUCUGGCCCUGCUCCUCCUCCUGGCCAUCAUUCUGCGAUACAUGUACAAGCACAAGGGCACAUAUCAUACCAAUGAGGCCAAGGGCACAGAGUUCGCGGAGACAGCAGACGCUGCUCUGCGUGGAGACCCUGCCCUCCAGGACGCCAUGGAUGAGAGCAAGAAAGAGUAUUUCAUAUGAGACACAAUAGCUGGCCCUUUAUACACAUCACAUAAUAAACUCCUACAGGCCCACAUGAUGCCUCAAUCCUGUUUGCUGGAACUGACUGAGCUCCCCGCAAACACAAACAAACACCAAGUGUAUUGUAAAAUUCCUCUAUAUUUCAAUAUCUAAGAGCGUUUAUAUUUAUUUGUUUCAGAAAAAGAGUUAAUAUUGAGUACAGAUGAAAGAAUAUGCCACACUCCUUGUAAAGCUGAGCGUCUAAAAGAGCAUCAGCUCAGGAGAAUGAGAUCAGAUGUGUUCAGAUGAAGAGAAGGAAAGUCUUUGAUCUCAUUAGAAAGAAUGUGAACGAUUGGCGUAAUGUGAAAACAUUGAAAUCAACACUGUUAAAAGACAAGAAUGUGAAAUUAAUUGGUUUUGUAUAUGACAUAUGGGACACCGGACCACAAAAUCAAUCAUAAGGGUCAAUUUUGAACUUUGAAACUGAGAUUUAGGGUUUGUUAGGACAGGACAAUAUUUAGCCGAGAAACAGCUAUUUGAAAAUCUGGAAUCUGAGGGUGCAAAAAAAAUCGCCUUCGUAGUUGAAGUCAAAUGAAGUCUUGAUAUAUUUACAGGGCAAAAUGUACAAAAUAUGGAACAUUAUCUUGAUAUCUUAAUUAUUUUUGGUAUUAAAGAAAAAACAAUAAUUUGUUACCAUCCAAUGUAUUUUUGGCUAUUCAGAGAUACCCUUGAUGACUGUUUUUGUGGUCCAGUAAGAAUCAGGUAUCAGAUUCAUGAAUAUCUCAAGAAAGAAGUUAGUUUUUAAGAAGUUUGUCAGUUUUUAAGACAUUUUUAAGAAGUUUAAGUUUUUUCUUAUUUUUUAAAAGAUGAAAAUAGCUUUGUUGUUUAAUUGUAUGGCAGUUCUUGCCAAAGACUAUCCGGUCAACUCAAUAUUAAACACCUCCAAAAGCAUCUUUUUUUUGCAGAUUUAUCUAAUGAUCAUAAUAAACAUGCACUGUUUUAUUUUUGACUGGCUUUACAGGAGUUCAGUCCUCAAUGUCACAUUUUAAUGCUCCAUGUUUUUAAAAUAGUUACUUUCUAGGAGCCUGUCUCAAGAUACAUAUCAGAAAUAUAUCUUUUCCAUAUUAAUGUGUACAUACACUUUUUUUAAAAAAAAAAAAAGGCUAAAAAGUCAUCACUGGUAUGGUAACUUUUUAAAACAAACCUUGUACCUAAAGGGUGCAUACAUUUAUGCCUUAAAGUUACAUAUCAGUACCUAAAAGGCUAUUAUUAGUACCUUUUUGAGGCUUUUGCACAUUGUUCUGUUUUUACUGGGUGAUUCUAAUUCCAACUAUUUUUUUUUGCUUGUGGGGAAAUAAAAGUUAGUUUUUUUGUAAGAAUGUCUGAGAUUUAAUUAGACAGAUCUAAUGAAAUGUUGCUUUCUAAUUAGAAGCAGUAUUAGAGUUAGUCAGCGGAGUAAGUAAAUGAGAAAAGUAUCUUCUUUAGAUGCCUUAACUUUUUAAUUCAAUCUAUAGUAAUGCUUUGACAACAAAUAAAACAAAUUAUAUCA